UUUUUUUUAUUUUUUUUUAAAUAAUUAUUCUCAUAACUCACGGCUCACGGAGAAGAGAAAAUAAAGGACAGAGAGGCUACUCUCCACUCUAUUUUAGAAACCCUAUCAAAAAUCCAUCCAAACUUUAAAGAAAUUAUUAUUAUUACUAUUAGUGUUACUAUUAUUAUUAUUAUUGUUGUAAAAAUAUUAGUUAUUAAGAUUGAGAGAGAGAGAGAGGAUGCCGUCGUCGCACGGGGAUCUGGACCGUCAGAUCGAGCAGCUGAUGGAGUGCAAGCCUUUGGGAGAGGCGGAGGUGAAGACGCUGUGCGAUCAGGCGAGGGCGAUUCUGGUGGAGGAGUGGAACGUGCAGCCUGUGAAAUGUCCGGUCACCGUUUGUGGCGAUAUUCACGGCCAGUUCUACGAUCUCAUCGAGCUCUUUAGGAUAGGAGGGAAUGCACCUGAUACCAAUUAUCUCUUCAUGGGAGAUUACGUAGAUCGUGGGUACUAUUCAGUGGAGACGGUCACGCUCUUAGUGGCCUUGAAAGUUCGUUAUAGAGAUAGAAUUACAAUUCUUAGAGGAAACCAUGAGAGCAGGCAGAUUACUCAAGUGUAUGGUUUUUAUGAUGAGUGCUUGAGAAAAUAUGGAAAUGCUAAUGUCUGGAAGUAUUUCACUGACCUUUUUGAUUAUCUACCCCUUACAGCCCUCAUUGAGAGCCAGAUCUUCUGUUUGCACGGAGGACUUUCACCAUCUCUUGAUACGUUAGAUAACAUCCGAGCUUUAGACCGUACACAAGAGGUUCCACAUGAAGGGCCGAUGUGUGAUCUCUUGUGGUCAGAUCCAGAUGAUCGUUGUGGGUGGGGAAUAUCUCCUCGUGGUGCCGGAUAUACAUUUGGACAGGAUAUAGCUCAUCAGUUCAACCAUACCAAUGGACUCACUUUAAUUUCACGGGCACACCAGCUUGUCAUGGAAGGGUACAAUUGGUGUCAGGAAAAGAAUGUGGUUACUGUAUUUAGUGCCCCAAACUAUUGCUACCGCUGUGGUAACAUGGCUGCAAUUCUAGAGAUUGGAGAGAACAUGGACCAGAAUUUCCUUCAAUUUGACCCAGCACCCCGGCAGAUUGAACCCGACACCACUCGCAAGACCCCUGAUUAUUUUUUGUGAGGUUGAUCGACAACAUCAUUCUUUAGUUGGAGUUUGUGCUGCUGCUGCGACGAUGUUGAUAUGCUCAAGUCAUUGAAAGACUGUUAAGGCAUGAAUGGCCUCAAGUCUUGUAUAUUCUCAGAAGAAGAAAGCAGCAAUAACAUGGUAUAUCUUGUUCUGUAAUUUUACAAAUUCAAGUUAGAGUGCAGGUAUUUUUUGUGAGC